GAGGGGUGGGGGUGGGGAUUGAGGGGUGCCAGUUCUGUGGCCCGUUGGGAUGAUUUUGGGAGUUCAUAUCCAACACUUUCCUGGCACUUUAAUAUACUAAUAUCUAAAAAUUAAAAACAAUUAACUUAACUUAUCAUUUUCGCGUUUAUUUGAGGAACAUAGAAUGUAACCAGAAUAUCAAGGACUCUGAAGAAAAAUAAGGGAGGUAUCUUGAGGGAAGUACCAAACCAGGAGCUAAAUGAUAAGCUCCCCCCACCCCACGUAAAAAGUGUAAACGCGGAUAGUGUAGGGAGGCAAAAAACGCCCUUCGUCCUCCUCCUUCGAUCCGCGCUUUGCCUCCCCUUUGCUCCCCUUUGCUUCGCCUUUGCUCCCCUUUGCUCCCCUUUGCUACGCAGGCUAGACCCGGUAAACUUGGAUGACUGAACCAACGAAAAUAGCGAACGGAAAUGAGAAAGUAAUACUCUUGUCUGUCAUCAAUUCGUGCGUAGAUCGCAAGAGGGCAUUAGCGGUUAACUAUUAACACUGUCGAAACACGAGCUAAAUCUCACUCGACUCAUGAAGCAGACCAGGGAUUGUUCGGGAGCUAACGCUACAAAGACGUUUCAAUGGUCGAGUUCUCUGUGAAAUCUACAAUCACGUAAUGGAGUUGAAAUAUAUCCUGGUGGUGUUGUUUAGUUGCAUAUCAAGCUGUGCCUGUACGUCAGUGAUGGCAAAAAACUGCUCUGCUUUACCACUGAACAUGACUCUGGUGUCCUGUGGCCCCUCCAACGUUUCAAGGGAUCAAUGUCUGAGUUGGGGCUGCUGUUGGAAUUCAUCACUGGCUUCUGAAAAUGUAACACAAUGUUAUGGAAUAGCAAAUAAUCAGACCCUCAACAACUCAACACACACGACAAAUGUUCCCAUGACAACGGCAAAGAACCCAUCUCUCUCGACCACAGCAGGUCCCGAGGGCACGUGCCAGGUGUAUCGUGGACAGGUGUGUGACACGUGGUUAAACGUCACUAUGCUGGAAUACCGCUGGGCACCACGAUUUAUAGACAAUAGAUUUGGCCUGAAUAGAACAGAGACAGUGAUUUUGGAGUUCAUGUAUGCUAUUAACCGAAUAGACGGCCAGGACUGGUGCAAGCGGAUUUUAAAGGCUCUGCUCUGCGAAUACGUCCUACCUCCGUGCAACGAAGACAAUGAGCGGUACAGCUACUGCAGAGAAGAUUGCGAAGCUGUUUUUGAUGAGUGCAACUCAGCCAUGCGAGAAAUGCUGGGAGCAGCAAAGUAUAUCAUUGAAAAAUUGGGACUAGCCUUCGCUCAUGUUGGUGUGCCCAACUGUACUAAACUGCGAUAUUCUGCUGCCUUUGAAGCUGAGAAUUCCACGUGUGUUCAUUUUGGACUCUUCCACUUCACAACCGCUGAACCAAGCAUGAAGCCGAGAACAGAAUCUUCAGCGAAGUCAAACACAGCUGCCAUAGCUGGUGCGAUAGCUGCUGUCAUUACUCUUCUUGUCAUCAUCAUUGUUAUCGCCUGUGUCUUGAAGAAACGAAAAAGAAAACCGCUGAAGUUGUCGAAGGGUUUCGAAGGCGUCCAUUUCACAGCUGUGUCCAUGAGAGACCGAAUUAGAGCCGAGUCCAUGCGCGCCCUUGACGAGAGCAAAGUCCUAAGUCUGUUUAAUCCUGCUGAUAUGAAGCAACUUCCGCUGACCAGUAUAGAAUAUGUACGAGACCUUGGAUCCGGGAACUUUGGUUUAGUGUUUUUAGGAAGGGCGUACGGUUUGAUUGAGGGAAAAGCCGAUGCAGAGAUGAUGGUUGCUGUCAAAACUCUGAAAGAAGGAAGCUCUACGGAAACCAAAGAAGAUUUUUUCCAGGAAGUUGCUUUGAUGUCUGUUCUACAUCAUGAAAACAUUGUUGAAUUAUUAGCAGUCUCUACUGAUGAAGAACCUUAUGGAAUGAUAUUUGAAUUCAUGGAUUUAGGGGAUCUCAAUCAAUACCUCAGAAAAGCCGGGCCUUUUUUUGAAGGCGAAGAAAAAGAAAAAGUCAAUCUCACGACAGAUGACUUGAUGUCCAUCUCAUUACAAUGUGCUGCUGGCAUGGAACACCUUCAGAUGCUCCGAUUUGUUCACAGGGACGUGGCUACAAGAAAUUGUCUUGUGGGUACAGGUCUCAUUGUAAAGAUCGCUGACUUUGGAAUGUCUAGAGACAUCUACGCUUCGGACUACUACAAGGUGGAAGGCCAGGCUGUGUUACCAAUCCGCUGGAUGCCUCCCGAGGCUUUACUGCUUGGAAAAUUCACCGUGGAGUCUGAUAUUUAUUCGUUUGGUGUCCUCUUGUGGGAAAUCUACACUCUUGCUCUGCAGCCUUAUUAUGGCUACACAAAUGAAGAAGUUGUGGAGUUUAUCAAAAAGGGAGUACACCUGGGUCAACCCGACGACUGCCCGGACCACGUGUACCAAACAAUGAAAAAUUGUUGGCACAAAGAUGCUUCACAAAGACCCAACUUUGCCUUGAUGAUAGCUCAGCUCAAACAGGAGGUGACGUCACACUACGAUUCACUAGACCAUUCCCCACCAACACCACCUGUCCAUGACAAGCAACCGCUGUACCAAAACAUCGGCGUUCCACCGGAAGAGUUCAAAGAAGAUGCCACCGUUACGAACAAAGCUACAAGAAAGAUUUUCCAGCAAGCUCCAGGCACCCCUCAGAGUGGAGAACAACCCAGCUCUGGUUACAUCAAUGUCGCGUGUAACCCUGGUUUCCAUAGUGAUGACGAGGAGAGAGUUUUCGAGGAAGGCGUCGUCUAAGUUUACAUAAUGAGAACAAGUAGUGAACUAAAUAUGGUGAAAUUAUGCAAAUACCGAAAUAGCUGAAUGUAUCGAGACAACUUUAGAUGUUAACACCAGCUCGUAAAAAAUAAUGUUAUAUAACAUAAAUAAUGGCAGGGGAACUUUUACUUACUUUGCUACAUUCGGUUAAUAUUGGUGAGAGCGAUUUGACGAAGAACGCUGAACAAACUUUAAUGCUAGUCAGAUUCUAGUCGCUAAAGUAAACGGAGAAGAAAAUAGCAUUCACUUAUGCAGUAUGUAGAUGGAUGUGGAUUUCUGUCAAAUUACUUUAUGUCUGUGUAAAAUGCACAAUUUCCCAAUUCUUCUAUACGGUACACAUUAUUUACCCGAGGGAUUUUGUUUGCUUAAUUUUGACACCCCAGCCAAUGAUUUACCGGGACUCAAUUGGAGUCUUCCCAUCUUUAAUUUCAGCCACUUUUUUUGCCUGAAUUAUUGUUGGAACUUCAGAAACUUUCUUGUAAUUUAAGAAAGUACCGACAUUUAAUUGUUUGUCAUUUUUUCCCCAGUAUUAUUAUAAAGCGGUCUUGUUCACACCCGCGGUAUUUUUUUCGUAGAGUAUCCUCACCUAGCUGUUAUCGUGCGUAAUAAUGUUGGCACAUUUUCAGACCAUUCUGGAAAUCGAUCGUGAAAUUAAUGUAUAUUAGAUGACUUAGAUGACUGAGUGGCAUUUCAUUGAAGUAAUGGUCAAUUUCAAUUAGGCCAUUUAAUUUCCGAGUUAGCUUUUGCCUCUGUUUCAAAAGGAACUCAAAACUUGUAUGAAAAUGAGUUUCCCCUACAGGUUCUUUUUCAUGCAAAUCAAACCCAUUUUUGCACGAGGACUAGUACUGUUUUAGGAAUUCACCAAAAAAAGAAUUUUUUAAGUAGAGUUAAACAGCAUAUACCUCUGUACUCUUUAAGAUGAAGGGCGCGAUGACUAUCGUAAUUGAAUGUUUUUUAGUGCCCCAAUCUAUUUGGAAGGAAUUGAGGAAUAGCUGAAUUUUUUUGUAAAGAACCUUGAUAUUAAUACUCCAAGGCUUGUUAGAUCGUUGUAAUCAUCAGUCUUGAAGAGUUAACAAGAUAGCAUAUACCAGUUCAAUAAGUAUAUAAUGUCUUGAAAACAUUGCGAAUAUUGCCAAACUUACGAAAGAAAAUUUCCGGCUGAACAGAAUAAACUUAAAACGAGAAAUUAUAUAGAAAAAUAAAUUCCUUACUUAGUAAAUAUAUUUCUUAUGUGAUGGUUUUGAGGGAAAAACUCCGUUGGAGUUCAUUGAGUUGUUAGGGAAAGAACAGCCUGCGCUCUGCGUUCUGAAGACCAGCUGAGAAAAUUUGAAUGUAAAGCAGAGAGCAGAUUAUUUUUCCUGUUUAAGACUAAAACCUUGCUGAUUUAGAGCCUUUUUCAGAAUAAAAACAACAUUAUUCCAUUGUGUGAGAUACUUAAUUCAUAGUUGAUAUUUAACUAGAUUACACAAAGACGUUCGUCACUGUUUCCUGUGACGCCCAAAAUACCGUGUGGGAGUUACCUUCAGACCGUCAACACGAAAUUAAACCGCUCAGGAAAUACGUUUCGUGAGAUUACUGAAUAUCGACGAACUGCUUUAAUUUCACUUUUGAGAUUCCGAGAGCUCUGGAAACGACAGGCCACUCAGUUGCGUCCAUUCAGGCAAUGUAUUAAUGACCAAUAAUAUUCGACGCCAUGCUUCAACGCGUGCUAUUAUUUUUGGUUGCGUUUUCCACACGCUUUCUGCUGGCAAACAGUAGCAUUCAAGACUUGAAUUGCUCCCAGAUCCCCGCACAUGUCAAACAGUCGUGUGGACUGGUCAGCAAAAGUACUUGCGGAGGACUGGGCUGCUGUUGGAAUGAAAAUGAGGCUAAUCCAACACUACGCUGCUUCAAUAAAAGCAGUAGCAGCAACAACAGCAACAACAACAAAACCACUUCAAUUACAAAUAUCACAACAACCUGUUCUCUUUAUGAGGGCCAGGUGUGCCUGGCAGCCUUCUCAACAACUUUAUCAUCUUUACGUUUGAUACCAAGAUUUCAUAGAGCGGAGAAGAACUUAGUUGAAAGUUAUCUUGCACCUUCCAUCACGGCAAUUAAUGAAACUGUCACUCACUCCGAAUGCAAAGCUGCGUUGACUGCCAUGCUGUGCCAUCACACUAUGCCACCAUGUCUUGCAAACAACACUGUGACAAGAUUCUGCAUGAGCGACUGUAAGGAGUUCUUUUUCAAGUGCGAGCAUUUUAUUGACCAACUGGAGGUUGCUAUGAAUCUUAUUCCUGGUGGAAAAGAUUUCAGGUUAUCAUUUCCUGGCUGUUUUGGAAUGAAGAACAGUUCUGAACUUGAAGAAGCACAUGAACCAUGUAUGAAACUUGGCUUAAGUAAGUAUCUUAUGUGAUCGUAUUUCGUGUUAAUGGUAUAGGCAUAAAUUUGUAAUUAUCUACCCGUAUAACCAACUUCCCAGUAAACCCACUGACUCUUAUUUUCACGAUAUACGGUAUCAUAAAUUGCCCAAAAUGAUGAACCAACAAAUCCUGCGACAAAAAAAAAAAAAAAAAAAAAAA